CGCCGGUUGCAUGAAGUCUGUGGCAUAAAAAGACGCGCAGAACUUCGAUAAUCUUCCUUCAACAGGCGGGUGACUCGUGUGUCAGUCGCGAUAACGUUGACGUUGGUGUGGGAGGAUAAAGGAAAGACUUGUUUCUUUGUCUUCUGGGGAGGAUUUAAAAAUGCAGUCCGCCAUAAAACAAAACUUCCAUUUGGAGACCGAAGGAGACUUGAACAAACUCAUCAACCUGAAGCUCAAUGCAUCCUACGCACAUCUUUCUCUGGGGAUGUAUUUUGACAGGGAUGAUGUUGCUCUGCCACAAUUCUCCUCUUUUUUCCUGGAGCUUUCUGGGAAAGAGAGACAACAGGCCGAGAAGCUGCUGGAGUAUCAGAACUUGAGAGGAGGUCGAAUUUUGCUUCAGACCAUUGCUAAACCAAGUAGACAGGACUGGACCGGUGGUUUGGAUGCAAUGUCCUUCUCCCUGGACUACCAGAAGUCCCUCAACACAUGCGUGCUUGAUCUGCACCGCAGAGCCAGCACUCACACGGACUCUCAUCUGUGUGACUUCCUGGAGCAGCACUUCCUCGCUGACAGCCAUGACACCAUUAAGAAGCUGGGCGACUACAUCGGCAGCCUGACUCGGAUCAGUGUGUCCGAGACGCACGCCGCUAUGGGAGAAUACCUCUUUGAUAAACACACUCUGUGAAGGUCACUACAGCGCGCACACACACACAAAAAUAAGCUUUCAAAAGAUUCAAUAGUGUCAUUGGAAUAACUGCCUGACACUGUUUUUCUACUCCGUUAAAAAAAAACAAUUUAUCGUCAAAACUUACUACAAACUUUAUUCUUGUACUACGCCACGAGAUGAGUUCCAAGGAAAAUGACAAAAUACCUCAAUUAUUCCAUUAAAACCACACAGAAAAUGGUGCUUUAAUAUUGUCCCAAAAACGGCAAUUCUCAUCUGUCAUGUCACUUUGUCUCAUGCAUUCCACUGUGUCCGAUGUUGUAACCUUCACAAAUGUUGGGUAACAACGCAUGCUAUUUUGAGUCGAAGAGAUUAUUUGGAAUACAAUUUAAAGUUUCAAUAAAGCUUAACUAUGCUGA